AUGCAAGGCGUUGCCGGCCAGCUCCUGGCCUUCCUCCUCGACCACUGGGUGUCCGUCGUCGUCGCCUCGGUCUUGGCAUAUCUAGCCAACAACCGUUACGGGCAGGGCAUCAACAAGUAUCCUGGCCCUUUCUUGGCGUCAUUGACAGACUGGUGGCGAUUCUACGAUGUGUACAAACAGCGACCAGAACGGACACAACGGCGCCUCCACGACAAGCUCGGUCCCGUUGUCCGCCUAGGACCCAACACUCUUACGUUUUCCGAUCCCAAAGCGCUCAAGACCAUUUAUGGCCUGAACAAGGGAUUUAUAAAGGCACACUUUUAUCUCCCGCAACAAUCUGUCGUCAAUGGCCACAGGCUUGCCAGUCUGUUCAGCACGACCGACAAUGAUUUCCACGCCCAGUUCCGCCGUUGUGUCAACGGCGCAUUUGCCAUGUCACAGCUCGUGCAAUACGAGCCGUUUGUGGAUAACACGACAAAACUGUUCCUCAAACAAACCGAGAAAUUCUUUGUCAACAAUCCUGAGGGCUGCGACUUUACACGCUGGUUGCAGUUCUACGCCUUUGACGUCAUUGGAGAGAUUACGUAUACCAAACGCCACGGAUUCAUUGAGAAGAACGAGGACAUCGACGGGAUCGUUGCGUAUCUGUCAUGGCUCUUCAUCUAUGUGGCUCCGUUGUACAACUAUCUGUGUCUUGUCCGUAUUGUUGCUAACAGGACAAAGGUCGGACAAAUACCAUUCCUGGAUCUUCUCUUCCUGAAGAACCCCAUCUACCUGAAGUUGUCACAGUAUGGCCUGAUCGACUCUACAUUCCCCGUCGCCAAGUUUGCACGCGCACGAAUGGCUGAGCGCCUGCCGGACAUUGUUGAGGGCAAAGGCCCCAUUCUGCCGACCAAGGCCGAAAAACGCCCAGCUGCCGAUCUGCUCUCCAAGUUCCUCGCAGCCCAAGAGGCGCGCCCCGAGUUCAUGUCGGACACGCUUGUUCAGACAAUGGCUGUGUCUAUGGCCUUUGCCGGCUCGGAGACGACGGCCAUUUCACUCUCUGCCGUAUUCUACUAUCUUUUGCGCAACCCCGCCGCAUUGAAGAGCCUGUACGAGGAGCUGGACAACGCUGCCCACAAUGGUCAUUUCAGCGACAAUGAAACAGGCCUGGUGACGUGGCACGAGAGCCAAGGGCUGCCGUACCUCGACGCCUGUGUCAAGGAGGCCUUCCGUCUGCACCCGGCGGCCGGCCUGCCAUUAGAGCGCAUUGUCCCACCGGGCGGCACCGAGAUCGCCGGCCACUUCAUCCCCGGCGGCACCAUUGUCGGUUGCUCGGCCUGGGUCCUGCACCACACCAAGGAGGUCUUUGGUGACGACACGGAUACCUACCGGCCGGAGCGCUGGCUGGUCGACGAGUCCAAGGUAGCGGCCGCCAAGGAGGACCAAAAGGCCGAGGUGCGUGAGCGCGAAGAGCUGCGCAUCAAGGAGAUGAACGGCAUGAUGCUGCAGUUUGGCAUGGGCUCGCGGACGUGCAUCGGCAAGAACAUUAGCCUGCUCGAGAUUUACAAAGUUGUUCCCAGUCUUCUGCGGAGAUUUGAGAUUGAUUUCGUUGACCCGAAGCAAGAGUGGAAGCUGAUCAACGCCUGGUUUGUGAAGCAGACCAACUUCUGGACGACUUUCAAGGUCCGGGAACUGGUCCAGCCUCAGUCGGCAUAG